AUUAUAUUUUAUGCCCUCCCCACCCACCAUCAAUGAAAAAAACGAACAAUGACUUCAUUUUUUUUAUGAAAGUUGCUUUUUUUUAUACUACACUUAGUUUUCUAGCUGGUAUAAUACCAUUAAUACCUAUAAUACCUACUACCUACUGUUCAACUGGUUUGUCUGAGCAUGUCCUGUCGAUGUACAAUCUUGCAUGGACAUAACUUUUUCUAUUUUUUCGUCAUAAUAAAUUCGUGGAGACUCAUUUUAUUAGAAUUUGACACUAUAUCUACUCCACUGCCUUUUUGAUCUCACUUUUAUUGAAUAGUUAUAGUGUGGUAAAUAAAAAAAAAUAUAUCAAUUGACGAUUACCCAAAUGGCUACCUACAGCGAUAAUAGUUAUGAUUCACAAGUGUUAGAAGAUUCAGUCUUGCAAUGUAAACAGACUUUUGAAAAUAUCUUAUGUGUUCAAACUACAGCGUUAUUGAAAAAAUCAACACUCGAAAAAAUUUUUGUAGUAUUACAGGAAUUUAUGUGUAAAAUUAAUGAUAGUGAAUCUACCAUUCAAGAAGUGAUACAGUCUGAAAACAACUUCAAUAAAACAAUCUGCAAAGAAGUAGAAUUUAAAAGAAAAUCAAAUUGCAAGGCGUUUGAUAACUUUAAAGCUUUAUGUAGUGAAAAUAAAUCACCUUCUGUAAAAAGACAAAAUAUCUACAAAUGUGCAGAUUGCAAGUACCAAACACCUAGAAAAUCUGAUUUGAAAAAACAUCUAAAACGUCACAUGGGUGUAUGCGACUAUUUCUGUAGUUAUUGUGAGCGAAAAUUUUUUGAUAAAUACAACUUAGAGAGGCAUGUAAAUGCCAGUCACACUAAAAAACAACAAUAUUCGUGUACAUUGUGUACGUACACAACGUUUUUAUAUGAUUCAUUAAAACGUCACAAAAAAUUAAAACAUAGUGACCACAUAGGAACAAAAUAUGUAUGUUCCGUUUGUUACCAUGUGAGUGCUACAAAACAUGAUUUAAAUGUGCAUUCAUAUAGUCACAAUAAAGUUAAAUCUUACAUGUGUGAAGAAUGUGGUUCAAUGUUUGCUAUCAAAAGCCGAUUGAUAACACACCAGAACACUGUACACAAUGAGCCUGUUCAUCCAUGUCAAAUUUGUGACAAAUCAUUUAAAACACUGACGCUGCUUAAAAGACAUACAGUCAUACACUCACGUUUUAAACCUUAUUGUUGUCCAUUUUGCAACCAUUCAUCCAACAGCCAGAGCAACUUGACCAAACAUGUACGCAAAAUUCACUCUUUGGAUGAUUUUUCUUACCACAAAUUUAUUAAUGGAAAAUAAUAUUAGAAUAUGGCGGUACACAUCCAAUCAUUAUCACAUCCACAUCAGACCUGAAUUUACUAUAAGUAAUUUACCAAUCCAAAACAUCAAGAUUGAUAAUUUUAUAUGUAUUUGUUAAUGAUUUUAUUACACAUUAUUGUUCUAUUGUUUUCAUUGUUUGUAUUUUAUUAUAUUUAACGAAAUAAAUAUAAAUAUAAUUUUUA